AUGGCGGGCGAGGGGCCUCCCCUCUGGCCGCGGUGCUGCACCGCCUCGGUCCAUGUGGGUGCGGAUGAGGCUGCGCUGCGCUCCGGGGCCGGGGGGGGGCAGCAGGCGGCCGAGCUCUCCGAGCAGCCGAGGUUGACAGAGCAGGUCUGGCUCAUUCUCCCAGCACACAGGCCUUUGGAGUGGCAGGUGGCUUGCCCUGACACCUCGACAGGUGACCAGGCACACUUUGCAGAUCAGGAGAUGCUGCGGCACCCAAGCAGACAUGGAGCCAGCAUUGGAGCCCAGGCGGGAGAAGUUGCGAGCGGCGAAGAGAGACAGAGAAGGGGAAAAAACACCCCGACACUCACCCGCCCCAUCCCUCCUGCAGCUCCGCUUCCUGCCCAGCUCAGCUCGCUGCAGCGUGACCGCUCCGCUCCUCUCCAUCUCCGGCACCCUGGGCACCCCGGGCCCGGCGGCAGCGCCAUGGGCAACGCGGCCGGGGGCAUGGAGGGGGCUGCGGCCAGAGAGAACCGAGACCCCCGGGCUCCGGGCCCCGCCGCCGCCGCCGCCACCCCACCGCGGCCGCCGCCGCCCGCCCGGCAGCCCAUGCCCUCCGCGGACGAGCUUGAGGAGCGCUUCAGCCGCGUCCUGAGCUCCAUGAACCUGCCCCCAGACAAGAUGAAGCUGCUCAGCCAGUACGACAAUGAGAAGAAGUGGGAACUUGUCUGUGACCAGGAGCGUUUCCAGGUGAAAAACCCGCCGUCUGCCUACAUCCAGAAGCUGAAGAGCUACUUGGACACGGGCGGUGUGAGCAGGAAGUUCAAGCGGCGAGUGCAGGAGUCAACACAGGUGCUCCGGGAGCUGGAGAUUUCCUUGAGGACCAACUACAUCGGCUGGGUCCAGGAGUUUCUCAACGAGGAGAACAAGGGGCUGGACGUGCUGCUGGAGUACCUCGCCUUUGCCCAGUGCUCUGUCGCGUAUGACAUGGAGAGCACUGAGAAUGGCAGCCCGGGCUCUGAAAAGGGCAAACCCCUGGAGCGGUCAGUUGAGGACCUGAGCAAAAGCAACUCCUCAUCUCCCACACACGGCAUCUCCAAAGUGCGGCACCUCACCGUCAGGCUCAACCCCUCGCACAGCAGGAAGGCACUGAGGAAUUCUCGCAUCGUCAACCAGAAGGAUGAUGUCCAUGUCUGCAUCAUGUGUCUCCGUGCCAUCAUGAACUACCAGUCUGGCUUCAGCCUGGUGAUGAACCACCCAGCCUGUGUCAACGAGAUCACCCUGAGCCUCAACAACAGGAAUGCCAGGACAAAGGCACUCGUGCUGGAGCUGCUGGCUGCAGUCUGCCUGGUCCGAGGUGGCCAUGACAUUAUCCUCGCUGCCUUUGACAACUUCAAGGAGGUCUGCGGUGAGAAGAACCGCUUUGAGAAACUGAUGGAGUAUUUCCGAAACGAGGACAGCAACAUCGACUUCAUGGUCGCCUGCAUGCAGUUCAUCAACAUCGUGGUGCACUCGGUGGAGAACAUGAACUUCCGCGUAUUCCUACAGUAUGAGUUCACCCACCUGGGGCUCGACCAGUACCUGGAGAGCCUGCGUCUCACCGAGAGCGACAAGCUGCAGGUACAGAUCCAAGCCUACCUGGACAACGUCUUUGAUGUGGGGGCCAUGCUGGAGGACUCAGAGACCAAGACGGCUGUGCUGGAGCACAUGGAGGAGCUGGAGGAGCACGUCAGCCAGCUGACGGAGAAGCUGCAGGAUGUGGAGAACGACUCCAUGGCCAAGAUAGCGGAGCUGGAGAAGCAGCUGAGCCAGGCGCGGCGAGAGCUGGAGGCGCUGCGGGAGCAGCUCAGCCCGCCGCGGCCGCCCAGCCCGCCGACCCCGCAGCCACAGGAGUGCUACCGGCUGGCACUGGAGCGACGGCUGGCAGAGCUGGAGGAGAAGGGGUUAGUGCAGAUCCUGCGUGGGCCCGAUGGAGACGUCGCCAUCGAAAUUGUCCCCGUCGUCAUAGAAACUACAGCAGCCCCCGUGGUAACCGGAGAGGCCACCGCCACCAGCACAGAUACUCCGGCUCCAGCUCCAUCUCCUGCCCCAGCACACGCUGCCCCACCACCACCCUCACCGCCACCCCCCCCCCCGCGGGCGGGGGGGGGGGCUGGGGCCCCCGGGGCCCCUGGCCCCCCACUGCCCACCGGGGCGGCCCCCCCCCCAGCCCCUCCACUGCCAGGUGCCCAGGUACCCCCACCACCCCCACCGCUCCCUGGGGGCCCGGAGGGCCCUGUGCCACCGCCACCACCACCCCCACCGCUCGGUGGGCAGCCCCAUGCUGGGCCAGGUGCCCCCCCCACUGCCAACGGUUCAGUGAAGGUGAAGAAGCCGAUCCAGACCAAGUUCCGCAUGCCUGUAUUUAACUGGGUUGCACUGAAACCGAGCCAGAUCGAUGGCACCGUCUUCACCGAGCUCAACGAUGAGAAAGUGCUGCAGGAGUUGGACAUGAGUGAUUUUGAGGAGCAGUUCAAGACCAAAGCGCAAGGCCCCGGCCUGGACAUCAGCGCCCUAAAGGUGAAGGCCACACAGAAAGCUCCCAGCAAGGUCACGCUCAUGGAGUCCAACAGGGCCAAGAACCUGGCCAUCACACUCCGCAAAGGCGGCCGCAGCAUCCAGGACAUCUGCACGGCCAUUGAGACGUACGACCAGCAGGCGCUGAGCCUCGAUUUUCUGGAGCUGCUGCUGCGCUUCCUGCCCACUGAGUACGAGCGGAUGCUCAUCGGGAAGUUUGAGCGGGAGCAGCAGCCUGCGGAGGAGCUCUCGGAGGAGGACCAGUUCAUGAUCCGCUUCAGCAAGAUCCCGCGCCUGGCCGAGCGCAUGAACGUCAUGAUCUUCCUGGGCAACUUCAGCGACACAGCCCAGCUGCUCAUGCCGCAACUCAACGCCAUCAUCGCCGCCUCCAUGUCCCUCAAGUCCUCCAGCAAGCUGCGCAACAUCCUCGAGAUCGUCCUGGCCUUUGGGAACUACAUGAACAGCAGCAAGCGUGGGGCAGCCUAUGGCUUCCGCCUGCAGAGCCUCGAUGCGCUGCUGGAGAUGAAAUCAACAGACCGUAAGCAGACACUGCUGCAUUACCUGGUGCGGGUGAUCACAGAGAAGUACCCAGAGCUGACCGGCUUCCACACCGAGCUGCAUUUUCUUGACAAGGCGGGCACAGUGUCCCUGGACGGCGUGUUGCAGGACGUGCGGAGCCUGCAGCAGGGCAUGGAGCUCACCCGCAAGGAGUUCAUGCGGCAGGAUGACAGCCUCGUGCUCAAGGAGUUCCUCAAGGCCAACACGGAGCUGAUGGAGAAGCUGCAGGCCGACAGCAAAACUGCCAAGGAGGCCUAUGAGUCGGCCGUGGAAUACUUUGGGGAGAACCCCAAGACCAGUCCCCCCACUACAUUCUUCCCCAUGUUCAUGCGCUUCAUCAGAGCCUACAAGAAAGCAGAGCAGGACAUCGAGCUGUGGAAGAAACAAGAGGCUGCGGCCAAGGAGGCAGAGUCCGGCCGCCCCGGCAGUGAGGAGCAGCUCAACCUGAAGUCACCAUUCCAGAAAGCCAAGCGGCAGCAGAUGGACAUGAUUGCUGAGCUGAAGAAGAAGCAGAUGGUGAAGGAGCCGCUCAUUUAUGAAGGCAAAGACGGGGCCAUCGAGGACAUUAUUUCAGAUCUGCGGAACAACCCGUACCGGCGUGCAGACAAGGGCCGCGGCAGCGCCAAGAAGCGGGCGGCGGGGCAGAGCCUGCAGGCCACGCCAGACAUCUCGCUGUGAGGGGAACCGGGACCUGGGAUGGCACGGGGUGCGGAGCGGUGCCCACGCUCAGUGCCGGCUGCCCCACUGCCCCGCACACCUUUGGGUCGACCGGGGCUGCCCCGGCGCUUGCUUAGUGAUGCUGCUGAGCUCUUCUCCAGUGGGCAGAGCGGGGAGCGACGGGAGCCCCUGCCCAGAGCUGCUUUGUUGCACUCCAGGCCUCGGGGGCAGCCCUGCACCGCUGUGCCCCUUCAGCCUGCUGGUGCCUUUGACCUCCUGCUCCUGGAGAGGAGGAGGAGGGCUGCCAGACGGGGCUGCAGCGCUGCCGGUGCCCCUUUCAUCCCUGUGGAGCCCUUUGACACCACGUUCUCCUCCACCGCAGAGCCGGGCGGGCGCAGGCUGCGCCUCUCCAGCACGGAGCUGCUGCAAACAUCCCACCCUGGGCGCGAGCCCCAGGAGCUGGCAGGGGUGCUAUUUUACACUCACUUUCUACGUCUUCCUGAACAUCUCUGUGCUGAGGGAGCAGGGCCUGGCGCUGCCGUGGGUUCCCAAUGGGUGAGCAGCGCUGGCCCGCGGCUCCCAGCCCUGCUGCUGCUGCUCACAGCCGUGCCCCACACUGCUCAGCUGCCCCCCGCUCCCUUCCCCACGGUCGCUGCCCACAUCCUGGCCCCCCAGGAAAGCCACAGGCAGCGCAGCUCCCCGCUGUAACUACGCUGCUCAGUGCCAUGCACCGCUCCGAGGGAGGGAUGGGAAAUGAAUGUGUAACUUAUAAAUGCCUUUAAGCCAGAAUGUAAAACAUUAACUGCUCAUUUGUAUACAUUAUUAUUUUUAUAUACCGAGGGCCUGUUAAAGCAGAACUGGUAAUAAACCGACCCCGAGGGUGAAGCGGUGUCUGCGGGACGGGCUGAGCUGUGUGCUGGGAGCGCAGUCACGCAACCCGGCCGCAGCGCCCUCUCCUCGCUCUCUGGGACAGCACACCAAUGAAAACCAGUAGUCUGCCUUUCUUUUCUUCAUCCC